AGACAGGAAUAGUUGAGGUCAACACGGAAACAGGACAGCGCGGCCUCUCAUCCCUGACCCAGGCGAGCUCCAUGUUUCAGUAGCUGAUUGUGAUCCAUUAGCCUGUGUGUGUGGUGUGACAGGUGGACAGACUAUAUAGAGAAUGGGAAGAAGGGCCAACUGUAGCUGGAUUGGGCCUGAGAUCCCUCUGUCAUCACAGAUUUUCAGUGCCAUUAAAGAUGAGCUGUGGCUCUUCCUCAUCCCAGCCGGCCUGGCUGUUAUUUUACUGGCCGUGUUUCUGGAGGAGGUGGGCUUCUUCCUGCGCCACAAUGCCACUUCCAGACGAAAACGGCUCUACCUGUGGAUACUAGGAAUGUACCCGGUAUUGGCCUCGACCUCCCUCAUAGCGCUGUAUGUGCCACGCUCUUCUUCGCUGUGUAAUUUCAUUGCCUCACUGUAUCACUCCAUCACCUUGCUGAAGUUCAUGGGACUGAUCACAGACUUCUUUGGAGGGAAAGCUCAAAUGCUGGCUGCUUUGUCUGGACAGCACGUAUCUCCAGAUCCGUUCCCCUGUUGCUGCUGCUGCUGCCUCCCAAUGGUGGCCAUCAGCGGCAGCAGCCGUAGCUGGAUGAUGGCGGCUGUGCUGCAGCUCUCUGUUGUCCGCAGCAUCUUGUUCUUCGUCACUCUGGUCCUGUGGACAGAUGAACAGUAUGACUAUGGUGACGUGGAUUCAGUCAACCCCAACCUGUAUGUGAACGCCAUCAUAUGUGUGUCGACCUUCGUGUCCUUCUACGGCCACCUUCUCUUUUACAAAGCCACUAAGGGUGCUUUGCAUGGCUACGGGCUGAGAGCCAAGUUCAUCUGCGUCAUCGUGGUGCUGGUGCUGUGCGGCCUGCAGAGCGGCAUCUUAGAGACCAUGGGUGCUCUGGAGGUCAUCCCCUGCGCGCCACCCUUCUCCGUCCUGGCCAGGUCCCAGUUGAUCUAUCACUACUGUGUGAUUGUGGAGAUGUUCUGCAUCGGCCUGUACGCCCGCCACACUUUCCGUAAGGUGGAGCCGAUCGUGGCGAAGGACGUGGAGGGGCCCGUCAGAGUCGGGCGGAUGGAAAAGGCCGUUCAAACGGACAGCGAUCAGAUGACACAUCACAGUUACAGCAGUGACAGCGAGGACAGCCUGUGCAGGAUAGAGCAUGCGCCUCUGGAUGAUUUCUCCUUCCCUCAGGUAAGAGGUCAGCAGCCAGGCAGGUCAGAACCAGUGGAACUUGGUUUAGAUCUGACCCACACGACUGUCAGUGUUGAUAUUAACUAUCAGGGCUCAAAGGAUGUCACUGUGGUUUGACCAACUCUGGAGGGUUUUUAAAUAAAAGAUUGAACACGUUUACACUCAACCACUGAAGAUGCUGAUACUGAGGAGGGUCUGCGUGGAGCCCCGAGGACCUGGACUAUGAUAAAUAGGACUAAAAGUGGACACACUUAUACAGGAAAAUGUAAAAUAUAAACAAGCUGAAUGAGGAAAUAUUGCUCUCAUUCAAUGUGAAAGUCUUGAGAAAUGUUGCUCUUUUUUAAUCCCUGGAUAUGUGUUUUGUUAUGUAUUCUUAAUAUGUUUUGCUUUGCAGUUGUGUAUACAUCACACACUAUUUGUCAUAAUUUAUGGGAAAUAAAAGAAAUAAAAGCCCAAGCCUGC